CAGGUUCAACAACAAGAACAAACAACUUCAAAGACAAAGAGAAUAAGGAAUAGGGGAGUAUUCCACUUUAAGCAUUAUCCUAUAUAUCAGGAACAUUGUGGACAAAAGGUUGGCACUGAUGCUUUAUUGAUUGCUGGCUAUACUUCUAUUGCCAGGUUCCAACCUAAACAAUCUUUAGACAUUGGAACAGGAAGUGGAGUGUUAAGCAUUAUGUUGGCACAGAGAUUCAAUCGAUCUGUUGUGCACUCAAUUGAUAUUGAUGAGACAGCGAUUAAGCAAGCGAGCAUUAAUAUUGAUUCAAUUUAUAAUAGUGGACAGGCUUGGGCCAGGAACAUAUUCGUCUUCCACACGCCCAUUCAAUUGUUUGCACCGGCAACACAAGUGACUGCCACACUGGAGAAGAACUCGAUGGAUUGUAAUAGGGAGCUUGUUGAAUCUCAUAUGCGACCGAGCGAUGGUCUCUACGACCUGAUCAUCAGCGCACCACCCUACUUCCCAUCCGAUGUCAAGCUGGACCAGUUUGUCUCGGCCAUGCCAGACAACAGACGUAUUGCCAGACAUACCCACACAUUAACGAUGGAGGAGUUGGUUGUCAAUGUGCUCCGACUGCUCAGGCCAGGCACUGGACGCUUCACAACCAUCGUCUCAUUGCCACAACCGGACGAUGAUCUAAUUAUUGCGGCGAACAAUCAUGGAAUGGUCAUGUUGGAGCAGGUCGAUGUCACUGAUUGUCCAGGUUCAAAGAUUGUUAGAAGGAUGUACACGUUUAGAGCACCAGAAGAGACAGCCACUGCCAAUGAGACAAUCAAACAGACAUUUGCAAUUUAUGAGACAUCGAUGAAGGAGUCCAAGCAGACCAACCACAGGAAACACAGCAAUCAGUACAAGUGGAUGUUGAAUGACUUUUGUGAUCACUUCCAGAAGGAGGUACAAUACGAACAGGAUGUAUCCGGUACAAUAAACUCAUCAUCC